AUGCAGCGGAAGCUGAGAGAAGCACCAUCGGGGUCUGUAGAGCUGCGAGAAGCAGCACAGCGGCAAGACGAAUUGUUAUUUAAAAUAGAGAUUUUGACGCAGAGACUGAGCAGACACGAAACUCAGGCGCUGCAAAAACUGAAUGAGCUGCAGCUCGCCAUUGCUAGAGACCCCCGCCUGAAGGCCAUGUGGGGGGACCAGUCAGAUUAG